AUGCUACCCAGUUCGUGUUAUACAAGUGCAUCGGGUCUUCCGGAUAAUGAGCAACUGGUCAACACGUUGUUAGCCUGUCCGGAAUAUCUACGCGCCAGCAAUCCAUUGGCUGCAGGUGCCGUCGGAGCUAUGAGCAUGGAUGGAUUGCCCUGCAAUGGGUUUCCCUCGGCAUUCUACUAUCAAGGCAUGGAUAACUUCUUGUCCCUGCAUAAUAAUAUCUGGAAUUUACCCAUAUCCUUUCUGCACAACAACCAUCGACCGGAGAAACCGCCUUUCUCCUACAUAGCUCUGAUUGCCAUGGCCAUAAGCAGUGCUCCCAAUCAAAGACUCACACUCAGCGGCAUCUACAAGUUUAUCAUGGACAAAUUCCCCUACUAUCGUGAGAACAAGCAAGGCUGGCAGAACUCCAUCAGGCACAAUCUAUCGCUCAACGAUUGCUUCGUGAAGGUGGCGCGUGAUAAGAACACCAUCGAUGAUAACGACAGUGCGGGCAAAGGCAGCUACUGGAUGCUGGAUGCUUCUGCCACCGAUAUGUUUGAGCAGGGCAACUACCGACGGCGACGCACACGUCGAAGACACUGCGGCAAUGCCAAUCGCUUUGAUCGCGAUACCACAUCGCGGGAUGCGAAUGGGAGCAACGAUGGCGAGGUGCGAUCACCAAGCGAGUCGCUGCCCGAGUUUGAUAUAUUCUGCAACGACAAUGUGGCAGCAAGCAGACCCAACUAUUCGGAUCGCAUCACCGAACUGCAUCGUCAGUAUCUAUCUGUGUCCUUUGGCUUCAACAGUCUCUUCAACAACGAAUCACGCAACACACAAGUCAAAAAUGCCACACAGUCAGACAGUCCGUGCUCCAGUCAGACGGCGGCAAGUGCCACGGACAGCGCCUUGUUGCACGAAGAUCUACAUUCCCCAAGCGCUUUUACGCCGCCACUUCCAAGACGCACUGCAGCACCAGAAGUUGGUGGACAGGAGAUGGCAACACUCGAUGCAUUUAAAGGAUUACAGGAAUUAUUGGGUGGCAGCGACACGCCCACAGCGCCAGUUGCCAGCAAUAAUAAUAAAUCAAAGACAACGACGCUAUUUACAAUUGAGAACAUAAUUGGCAAACAGUAGCAUAGAAACAUCAUUUCGCACAAUCGAAUUAAAUUGUUAAUACAUAUUAAAUUUAUUAUUUGUUUUACUAUUUUGAACCCAUAAACAAAACACUCUGAAUUGGUUCUUUUUUGGAUUUUAACGGUAUUUUUAUUCUCGAGUAGAAAACAACUCCUCAAUUACCCAUCUUAUUGAGAGCGCAGCACAGCGGAGGCGCGACGGAGAGCAGCCUAUAAACAAAAUAUAAAGAAUUGAUCAAUAUCUACAUCACAGUACAUUAGCAUUUACAAAAAUAUGUGCGGAAGACAGUCUCAGUUUAAGUAGUGUCGUCAGGACCAGUAGGAGAUCUUGGUGAUACUUAUAAAGUCAUCACAGCACUGAGAAAUACCCGUCACUAAAUCAAGUGUUUACCUGCAAGUAAAUAGAAAUAUUCAUAGAUUAAUAACAUGAAGAAUUUAAAUCACAUACAGUAAAAGUAUUGAGUACAGUCAGAGAAGUUAAUCAACACAACAUUUCUGAGAUCUUGGUGUAGUAGUAUAAAAAGGGUAUCAUCAUAAAAAGAGAAAAAGAAUGGAAAGGAAUUCAUGUUUACCUGGGUCAGAUCCUUGCGGUACUUGGAGCCAAUAAGCAGGUGCUUCAGUUUCUUCAGGGAGCGACGAGGACCAGCCUUGAAGUUAACACGCACGGUGUUCUUGGCGGGACGCUGACCGUAUUUGCCCUUCUUCAGGACGGUGGUGAAGCCCUUCUUAUCGGCAGCGGGCACAA